AUGGCUCGCCAGAUCAUGGCGCUGCAGAUCAAAAGGCCAGCGAAGGACUGGAAGGCAUUGUACUACAGCUUGGUCGCUCGCCUAUCCACCCAGCAAGAAGAUCUGAUCUCCCGACGUCCGCCUCUGUUCUUCGACCCCUGGAACCUAGGAGUAUCUCUCCCUGUUCUCACCAAAGUUCCCUCUCUCUCGGGCACCCUCGAAGAAGAGGCGGAGAAGACAAGCAUAUCCAAAGAAGAGGUCUCCGAGCACCAUGAGCGCUUCAAGGUCCCUGCCGCGCACAACAAGGCUGGCAUCACGCUGGUACCGGCGCCUUCAGACGACCCUCGCGAUCCGCUGAACUGGUCUCGGGGGAGGAAGCUUUUGACACUGUUCAUUGUGUCGUUCGCCGGCUUCACGGGCACGCUGCAGGCCGUGGGCAACGUGUCCAGUGUGUUCCAGCAAGGCGCAUUGUAUCGCAAAACGCCGGUCGAGAUUACCUAUUCGGUGAGAUCGAUGAUCCUGUUCAGAUAUGGAAAUGGCGCUCUGGCUUACACUCGCUGGAUCAAGGUCUCUGCAGCCACGGCUGGGCUGUGUGCCGGCCCUCUCUUCUGGUCCCCCGUGUCGAGAAGGAUCGGUCGCGGCGGCAGCAUUCUCUGGGCAACCGUCCUCACGCUGGCCUGUACCGUGUGGGCGGCGACGUGCACCGGCUCGGGCGAUUACUACUCCUUCGUCCUGUCUCGGUUGUUUGGUUGCUUGGCUGGGUCCUGCGCAACGACCGUGGGUGCGAGUUAUAUCACCGACACGUUCUUCCUGCACCAGCGUGGGAAAUGCUUUGCGUUCUACAACGUCAUGAUCCUCCUUGGAACGCUUGCUGGGCCGACUUUCUCAGGCUUCGUGGUCGGCAACGGAGCCCCUUGGGACAUUGAGUAUUGGUACAACGUCGGGCUCGAGGGGUUUGUGAUCUUGUUGAUCUUCUUCCUACUGGAAGAGACCGGCUGGACGAGACCUGGACGGCCGGCAUAUCCCAUUCCUUCGACGUCCUUCCUUCAACGCUCCGUCGACGUCUAUCUCUUCCGAAAGCCCAAUGCGGCUGAAGGCAUGACGAAUCGGGAAGCACUCCAUCUGGCGACCAUGCCUAUCCGCAUCGGUAUCCAUCCUGUUGGGAUUCUCGGUGGGUUGUUCUUGAUGAUCGUGUUCGGCUGGGGCGUCGGUGUCAACAAUCUCCUCGCCGUCUUCUUGCAAUCGCCAGUCAGCGAAAAGGGCUAUGGCUUCACACCCAACCAGAACGCAGAAUUCACCUUCGCCGCCUGGUCCGGCUGUAUCAUCGGGCAACUGUACGGUCUCGCAUUCAACGACCGCCUCCCGCUCUGGAUCUGUCGCAAGACGGGUGGUAUCUGGAAGCCCGAGUUCCGUCUGCACGCACUGUGGUUCCCGACCUUCUUCUGCCUCAACGUCGGGCUGGGCCUCUUCGGUGCCGCGCUGCAGUACCACCUGCACUACAUGGUGGCCGCCGUGGGCAACUUCCUGCUCAACUUCUCGUCCAACGUGGCCGUGCCCGUGCUCGUCAAUUACGAGGUCGAGUGCUUCACCAAGUACCCCGUCGAGGCGGCCACGGUCAUGAACUUCUACCGCACCAUCUUCGGCAUCGCCAUCCCCUUCUUCAUCAACGGCUGGGAGGCCGAGGUCGGCGUCGGCUGGGUCUUUGGCAUGAUGGCCUUUGUGUCGCUGGCCGCGUUUUGUCUCGUUAUUGUCCUCAUGCUGGCCGGACAUCGCAUCCGCCACUGGUUCCGCUCCGACAUCAUGUCCAGUGAGGAGGGGACCAAGAUCAUCGGCGAGGAGGUGAACCGGCUCGAUGUGGAGGCCCAUUGA